CAGCUGCUACAUACCUAACAGCCGAAUAGAAAGCUGGUGAACCACAAGGGUUCUUCCAUAAUAUAGUUCUUGUCUCCUUUCCAAGCUUGCCUGCUUAAGACCCUAACAAUCUGUGAUGAGCCUACAGAUAAAUAGUGUAGUAUCCCGAGGUUUGAUGGAAGAAUUAAAGAGGGAAGUAAUACACUGGGAAGGAAAUUUCAGUUUUAUAAAUAAUAUUCCUGUUUAAGGAUUUAAGUGUUAAAAUAUGCUCAUCUUCUGCUUCCAUCUCCUCCCACCCUCCAGGUAAGCUCCAUGUCCGUCUCACAUGUCCGGUGCUGUCACACAGCUCAUAAAGAUCCCUGUGGCCCUCUGCUGCCAACAUGUCCAGCAACACAGUGAGUUCAGAAUCUGUAGAUGGGACACUGGAAAGGCAGAGAAGAAAAAGCCAGGAAACAAGGGCAGUUACUGUAGGGUGGGAAGGGUCCUCCAUGGGCACUUCACUUGUUUUCAUUAUAGCAAGUUGCAGGAAUUCUGUUGCCAAAGUCUACAUUAGUUGUAUUUCUGUUUUCCACAGCUUUCCCGUCUGUGCAUGGAACCCAGAUUCCCUUUGUAGGUCCUCGAUAUCCUCAGCAAAAAGGAAUUUCAUUGAUUCAUCCCCAGAGGCUUCCAGUUUUCUGAGGGGGGCUCGUGUGUUGGCCAGGAGAGAAGCUGACGGCUAUUAUUACCUAGGGCACAUUGCCCAGGAGGUGAAGGGCUCCAGGGAGCGCUUUUUAAUUGAGUUUGACAGGAGUGGCACUCUGAAAGGCAAGGCACAGCUUCGAACACAGGAAACCCCUCUCUACGACAUUCUCCACUAUGAAGAUGACAGGCGACAGCCUCUUGCUCCAGGAGACAGGGUCUUGGCACCGUGGGAGGCUAGAGCUGAACGUUUUGGCCCAGGCACUGUGCUAAAGGUUCUGGAGAACAAGGAAGCACGUUUAGCACACAACAGAAGGGGAGUGCUUGUGAAUUUCUGGAAUGGGCAGACUAAGGAGGUGUCUUCUGACCAAGCUGCGCGGAUUCCUCUGCCCUUAAGUGAACGCAUCAUUCUGGAACUGCAGAUGCCUUUAGCAGCCAGGCAGAUGGUGGUAGAGUCAAGCUUGGAUUAUCCAUACAUCGUGGCACCGGGUUAUAGAGCCUCAGGCCAUUACAGGCAGGAUCCCUCAGACCUGUGCUACUGGCCAAGGGGUUUGUAUUCAACUCAGCCAUGUGUUAAGUGUAGUUGCAGGUGUACCUUGCUUCCCCAUUGCAGCCUUGAAGCCUGGGAAUCUAUGCAGCCUACAGGGUGCAAAGGGCAGCAAGAGGAUGCCUUCAUCCCAGGAACAAGCUUCACUAAAGAAGAGCUCAGCAAUAAAAUAGAAGAGCAAAUGUCUGAAUUGAGUAUUUCAUGCUCAGAAAGUGUUUUCAGAGAAGAGGAAAUGGAAGAUAAGGGAUUGAAGACAGAAAAUCUUCCAAAUGAAGUUCAGCCUUGUUUGGAAGAGGACAAUGAGGUUAUAGAACCCGAGAAGAGUCCUCAGAUGGAGGUGGCUCAUGCUAUGGUUGAUACUGCCGUCAACACGGACAGCUGGUUAAUGGAGACAGCCCACAAGGAAGAAGCAGACAGCAGACUGCAGGAUGCUGGAACUGAGGCUCCUUUUAAACACAAACACGGUCCUUUUGAGUCCAGAGUGGCAGAAGCUCCAAUCCAGCAUUCCCAAGGAAACCCUUCCAUGGGAACCAGUGCUUUGGUUCCUUUCAGGUGCCAAAGCUUCUUUGACCGAGUGAAUCACUCGCUACAGAAAGACAGCCUGACCAUCAGAUCAGCUCUGCGUACACAGAGGCCACACAGCACCUCCAGUGUGCGGCUUAGGAGAUCCACAACUCUCAGUCUUCUAAAAGACAAAAGCAUUACAAAAUCAGUCCUUAAUGGUGUGUCUCAGGAGAGACGGAAGGAGAUGGACUUCAACAGAGCCAAGAUUGAGCACAAAAGAUGGCAAGAGGAACAGAGGCAGCUGAAGAGGGAACAGCAGCAAAACGCAGAUGGCAUCCGACGCCAGCUGCGCAGGGACAGUCAGAGACAGCGGUUGCAUCAGAGAAUAUUGCAAGAGCUGGAGAAACGGCUGGAGCAAGAAGACAGAGCUUUGAAGCACAUGGCACUGCUCCAGGCUGCUAGGGCAGAAAGGAGCAGGAAGGAAUCCUUCUUGCCAGAGGAGGAGAAGAGGAAGGCAAGUCAGAGGUUACAGUUCUUAAAGACACAGCAUGUGCAGAGAGAGGAGCUGCAGGCAAAACGCAAUGAAAGGAGCUUUGAACAAGAGAAGAAAAGGCUGGAUUUUCUCAGGAGCAGAACGCAGUCACGGCAGGAAAUGUUGGAACAAGAAUCACGGGAGCAGGACAGGCAACAAAAAAAGCAGCAGGCUGCCAAAGGGAGAGUGUUCCAGAGCAGAGACCGUUCACGCCAGAAGGUGGAGAAAGAAGGCCAGCAACUCAAUGACCUCCAGCAGUACCUCAGAGAACAGAAUCUUUUGAUGCUCCGGGCAUCACUACUAGCAUAAGGAAGCUGGCAGAGUGGGUAAGCAGGC